AAGGCUGCGCCCGCACACUCGCAGGGACCGCCGCUCCGUGCGCUAGCCCAAUUGCCUCUAAUGUACCACUCGGACCCGUAUCCGUGCAAUCAUCUAAGACAAGAGUCCUUUAGUCUCUCCUCGUCUAUCUAACGGGACGACACUACAGAGCGACAGUGCACAGGACUUAAGCUGGAAUGGACUAACCUCGAACAACCGAGCUGGUCAAGCCACCAUGGCCAAGAAAAAGGACGAACGCCUCCCAAACAAUUCCAUUCACAGUCUAUAUCUAGAUUGAUUGAAGUACAUCGAAUCACGGACAGUUGUCAGCAUGAAUGGAAUAAACACCGCCGCGAAGCUAGCGGUGGAAGAGGAAACUCCAAAUAAACCUAAAGUGUCAAAGUCCAGUGUGCGGCAAAAGUUAAUGCAAAUCAGAGCGAACAUUACAGUGGAACCUAUAAUCGCGUGUUAUAUUAUGUCAAAUGUGUUCUCCGGACUAGCUGUACAGAAUUUAAAUUUAGAGAAGGCUUGUCGAGUAAAUUUAGGGUAUAGUGAUGAAGUGUGUUCAGCGCUGAACAAGAGACAAACCUUGAACUAUACGCUGGAAGAGGCGGAAGUGCAGAAAUUGACGGCGUCAGUGCAAGCGUGGAAGAAUAUCGUACAAACAGCGUUCCCCUGUAUACUAGUGCUGUUCGUCGGCUCGUGGAGUGACAAGACAGGGAAGAGGAAGGCGUGCAUCCUACUCCCGAUAGUGGGGGAAGUCCUGUGCUGCACAAGCUUCAUUCUAAACACGUAUUUCUUCUACGAGCUGCCUCUGGAGAUAACUGCACUCUCUGACCUCUUCCCGUCCCUCACUGGAGGAUGGAUCACGGUGUGCGUCGGCGUCUUCAGUUACAUCGGCGAUGUGACCACCAAAGAGAUGAGGACAUUCCGAGUGGGAGUGGCGAACCUGUGCAUGUCGCUAGGAAUACCUAUAGGCAUGUCCCUAAGUGGUAUUCUUCUGCAACAGAUAGGCUACUACGGUAUAUUCUUCAUAUCAAACUGCUUAUAUUUCACCAGUUUGAUCUAUGGAUAUAUCAGGCUAAAGGAUCCAGUAAUAUCGGACGAAAGACAAAAAGAAACGCCUGUCGGCUGCCGCGGCUGGGUGUGUUCCUUCUUCGACGCGCGUCACGUGCGCGAGACGCUCACGGUGGCGUUCAGGAGCGGGUCGCGGCGACGGCGGCUGCGGGUGUCACUGCUUAUUGUGGUCGUGUGCGUCAUAUUUGGGCCACUUCACGGUGAAAUGAACGUGCUGUACCUGUUCAUGAGGUAUCGGUUCAACUGGGACGAGGUGCAGUUCAGCAUGUUCUGCACGUACAGCAUCAUCACCAACUUAGUAGGCACGCUGUUCUCGAUCAGCAUAUUCAGCGACUUCCUGAAGCUGGACGACACGCUGGUGGGCAUCAUCUCCUGCGCCAGCAAGAUCCUCGCCUCCUUCAUCUUCGCCUUCGCCACUACCACCACGGAGAUUUAUCUGGCUCCACUGGUGGAGAUCUUCAAUGGAACAUCCUUCAUCGCCAUGCGGUCCAUAGCCUCCAAACUGGUUACUAGUGAAGAAUUAGGUAAAGUGAACUCCCUAUUCGGCCUGGCGGAAGCCAUGAUGCCCCUUGUCUACGGGCCUCUGUACUCCAGGGUGUACAUGGCCACGCUCAGCUUUCUGCCGGGUGCGGUCUUCCUGCUCGGAGCGGCUAUGACGGUUCCUGCUGUGGCUAUUUUUGGCUGGAUGUAUUUCGAGCAAAAAGAGGACAAUCGUCUCGCGGCCGCUGAAAACGCCAAUAAAGAAGUCUAGAUACUUUUUAAAUCAAUUCUACAACUAAAAU